AUGACAGACGGGUCUGCGCAACAGGUUGAGGUGCUGCAGGCCAACGUCAACCACUGCGCCCGUGCACAGGACCUGCUAGUCCAGCACGUGGCGGAGUGGUCUAUUGGUGCUGCCGUCGUGGUGGAACCGUAUUGUGUCCCCCCCCUUCCUACUUGGGUCGGAGAUGCGGACGGGCUGGUGGCAAUCACCUCUCCCCGAACUGGGGAUCGCCCGCCUCUCUCGAGAAUCGACAGUGGCCCGGGUUACGCGGCGGCAAGAUGGGGAGAGUUUGUCAUAGUCGCGGCAUACUUCUCCCCCAAUAGGCCGCUGCGGGCCUUUGAGGAUUUUCUCGAGAGAGUGGGUGAGGUAAUUGGGAGAGCGGCACCAGCACCGGUGCUACUGAUGGGAGACCUCAAUGCUAAGCACUCGGCAUGGGGCUCUCCCGUCGACGACCCGAGGGGGGAGGCCCUGUACGAUUGGGCUGUGGGCGCGGGGCUUGAAGUCCUGAACCGGGGCAACGUUGACACAUGCGUGCGGCGGAACGGGGCGUCGAUUGUCGACAUAUCCCUUGCGAGUCCCGUCAUUGCUGCACGCGUUGUAGAUUGGCGUGUCCUGGAGGACGUGGAGACCCUCUCAGAUCACCGGUACAUCCGGAUGGGGGUCUCCAACAGGCCCCAGCGGCCCGUACAGGGCUUGAGGGGGCGGGCCCGGAGGUUCCCAAG